AGAGCAGACCCGCACCCGGUGGCUUGUUCCCCUCUUCCCCUGCUUUUGCUUGGGCGAUGCCGAUCCGUCUCAGAGUUGCAGACAUGGCGGCGGCCGCCUCCACUUCCUCCGCCGCCGCGCCCGGCUCGCCCUCCGGCGGUGGCCGCAGAGGCCCGGCGGCGGCGGUCGCGUGCGCCUGCCCCAUCUGCCUCGAGGGCUUCGAGGACGAGGCCUACCUCGACACCUGCCUGCAUUCCUUCUGUUACGAGUGCAUAACCCAGUGGGUGAGCAUUGUGGCGAGCAAGCAUGAAGAGCCUUUGUCCUCUGUGAAAUGCCCCCUUUGCAAGACAAAGAGUGUAUCGAUCCUUCAUGCUUUCGAUGGCAAAUCAUUUACGCGGCAUUACAUAGAGCAGGACCACGGGAAGAGAUAUCUUGCAGAUGCACACGAGCUAAUAUCACAGUUCUAUAACACAAGAGAGAUUUCAGACGAUACAGCCAGUGUGCUUCAAUACUGGAAGCAACGAAAGCAUCUUCGGAGGAAUGUGUGGCUUGAAACUUGGUUGAGACGGGAAAUUCAGGCCCUUACACAGGACGAAAACGUCGAGGCCAUAGUUUACCACAUCCACGGCAUGAUUGAGUCCUUCAUGAAAACGCAAGAAAAACUGCACACCUCAAAGCAAACUUCGCCGGAACAGACAAGGGAAGAGUUCAGGAGCUUGCUCUCAGAUGCUGCUAGGCCGUUCCUCCUCGGGCGGACAGCGCGGUUCGUCACAGAGGUGGAGCUCUUCCUGAUCUCGCAACGGAACAUCGACGCGUACAGCAGGGUGCGCCUGCAGAGGUUCAAGGAGUCCGCUUCGCACGUAGCAAGACAGCAGGACGCGCUGCCGCAGGACCGCCCCCUCGAGGACCACUACUUGUACCUUUUAAAUGAAGAGACAGAUUGCGUUGGCGGUGUGAUAUAGCUGGCAUCUUUUGUUCUGUCGACUCUGCUGGUGUUGUGUUUCCAUGUUGUAGUGUAGCUGUAGGUCAGGGACAUCAGGCUUCGCUGUGUUUGCCUGCUUGUUCAAUAUGAUCACAGGUUUCCAGAGCUGCUCCAUUUUAUGAUACUCCCUGUGAACUGUAAUAUAUGUUGGUUGUGGAA